AGACAAGGCCCCGGCUGCUCCGACGCGACCGCGCUUCCGCCUCACCUCCUCACGCAACAAGCGGGGUGAUGCAGGGCGCGAAAAUGCAGGCGCGGGAAUGGCAGUGUUGCAGAGCGGGCGAGGGUGGGGCACAAAUAACUGUGCAGUGAUUACGGGGCGGGUGAUCCGUGCUGUACACCCACGCGCCUCGCCCAACCCUGCAUCCCUCUCCGAUGCCCCUUCCCUUAGCGCCCGCCCCUGUGCCCCAGGUCGUGCCGGCGUGACUGUGCCCCGGAUGUUGUAGGUAGGUAGGUAGGGGUGCCCGGUGCCCGCGUGCCCCAGUGCCCGCCGAGACGCCGCGACAGACGGAGGCUCCUACCACCUUUCGAGGCCGCGACCCUUGACUGAGAACCCGCAGACGGAGGCCAACGAAUCGCGUCGAACGUCUUGCUCGCGUGAUCACCUUCCACUCUUCUUUCGUGACGGAUCGACAGCACUGGAGCACAACGGUCUCAAUUCGGACGAUUGGCAGUUUGUUCAUCAUCUCAAAGAAAGUUUAUGCUUUUUUCGAAGACGCAAAGAAAAGGGAGGGCUGUCUGUGAGGCGAGUGCUGGCGUGAGUUUUAAGCGCACUGUGUUUAGGUCGUUAAGUUUCGCCGCAGUAAAACGAGAGAUAUAUUGUCUUAGAACACAACUCUUUUAAAAGCCACAGCUCUAGGCGAGAGGAAAUUAAAGAAAAGAGAAGCUAGUAAGUGCCUUUCUUACUCAACCUGAAAGUGAGGAGAGAAAGAGAGAGAGAAAAAAGUGAAAAAAGAAAAUACUUAUGAUUGUGUUUUCUGUCACUUUCUGAAAGGAGAUCCUGUGACCAAACGCAUAGGAUUAACAUGCAAGAGUGAAGACAUCCUCUGUGUGAUGAAAUGGUUACUUUAAGGAUGACGACGACUGGGGGGAUGUUGGCAACGGUGGCGGUGGCGUUGGCGGCGCUGCUGCCUCUUGCGUCGUCGCAGGAGGCUAUGAUGUGCCCGACGUGGGAGGAGAAUCCGUGGUGCCCUUGCUACAACAAUGACUACGGCAUCUUCAUGGAAUGCCCGAUGGUGUCCUUGGAUAUGGUGUCAAAGGUGCUCGGCCUCGUCACCAAUCCCAUCCACUCCCUGAGCAUCUACGACCUCGACCCUAACGUCACGACGCUGCCCUCGGAAGUGUUCAGCCAGAGCGCCGGGGUCUCGCAGCUCCAGAUCUCGCACUCGAACCUGCAGAGCCUCGCUGAUGGGAGCUUCGAGGGUCUGGAAGGGAGUCUGGAGAAGCUCACCAUCAAGCACUGCAAGCUCAACUCAAUCCCGCAAGCUCCCAUCUUCCAGCUCGGCCGCCUCACGAACCUGGACUUCGAGAACAACAACAUCACCGAGAUCCCCAGUUUCGCCUUUUCGAAACUCACCCUCGUCAGCCUCAACCUGAAGGACAACAGGAUCAACUUGGUGUCGGAUUAUGCCUUCGACGGCCUCAAGGAAUCUCUCGAGGUGAUAAAUUUCAAUGGAAAUAAUCUGUCGCAACUACCACUGUCCUCGCUUCGAAAGCUCACUUCCCUAAAAAACCUGCAAGUAGCCUUUAACCGCAUUCCUGACGUUCACCUGGAUGAGCACAAUGGCCUCCCGACUCUUCAGUACCUGGACAUGAGCAGCAACAGGAUCAGGAAGAUCAAGAGCUCCAGUUUGUCUGGAUUGCCAGAGCUCGUGUCCCUCUCCCUCUACAUGAACUCCAUCAACAGUGUCGCGAGGGAUGCUUUCAGUGCGAACCCGCUUCUGGAGACGCUCUUCUUUAGCCACAACAACAUCCGCCACCUCGCGCGGGAGACCUUCAAGUACACGCCCAAGAUAAAGACCAUUGAUCUCGGAAACAACAACAUGCAGUCUAUUCUUGGCGGCCUCUUCUGCAACCUUCCCGAGCUUGAGGAACUCGUGCUUGCCAACAACAAUAUCAGAGAGCUCGCAGAUAAGACCUUCGCUAACUCUACGAAAAUAAAGGUUCUGAACCUGGAACACAAUGCCAUCAGGUUUAUAGAAUUGGAAACCUUCAGAGAGAUGAUCGGUCUGGAGACUUUGCUUCUGAGCCAUAAUAACGUCCAGGAACUUUAUCCUCGAUUGUUUAUAUCAAACAUCAAUCUUCAAACUCUAAAACUCGACAACAACAAUAUUCAUCAUCUUGAUGAGUCUCUCUUCAAGAACACAGCGAGAAUGACCAAACUCUUCCUUGAGAACAACAGAAUAGCAAAGAUCGAGAGGGGACUCUUUUCGCUGAAUUCGUACCUCCAAGAGCUCCACCUGGACAACAAUGACAUCGAAGUCAUUGCGGCUGGAGCCUUUGCUAAACUCCGAAAGCUGGAGCACCUAAGCCUCCAAGACAACGAGAUCCUUGCUCUCCCCGACGCCCUUCCCGACAAGACGAGCUCCCUUCGAUACCUUCGUCUGAGCGGCAACAACCUCAACACCCUCAACGACCAUUCGCUCAAGGGACAAGACCAGCUGGACGUGCUUUGGCUCGACCGCAACAACAUCUCCGCUCUCGUCGAGGGCGUGUUCAAGGAUUCCGCUCUCCUUCGACAGCUCCAUCUGCAAGAGAACCAGAUAUCGUACAUUCAGGAGCAGGUGUUCAUGAACAUGACAGAACUGCGAAAGUUGUACCUGUCGUACAAUCUUCUUGAAACAAUAAACGAACGCAUGCUGUUUGGCCUGUCUGCCUUAAAUGAGCUGCACUUGGACAACAACAUGAUAAGGGAAAUCGCUCCUAACUCUUUCCAUAACAUGAGUAACCUAGAGAAAUUAAAUCUGUCGGGCAACAUGUUAACUUCAAUAGAAAAGAGUUUGUUCAAGACUGAACUUCGCAUAACACAUUUGAUAAUUGAUAAUGCACAGGUGAGCGAAAUUGAAGAUGGAGCCUUCGACGCUUUGACUUACCUUGACACACUGAGCUUGAGGGGUAACGAUCUCUAUGAACUUAAUGGAGGAUACCUCAAACUUAGCCAACUCAGAAAUCUUGACCUGAGCAAUAACAACUUCCAGGCCGUCGGUUCAUCGGCCCUGAUUGACCUUCCUUUCCUUGAAACCCUUGACCUGAGUGAAUGCUCUAUCGAGGCAGUGCCAAAGAACUUCUUCGACAACAGCAAAACCCUGAGGUCUCUGAGCCUGCGUGGGAACAAUUUAACACACCUGGAGCCUCUUGUGUUUAGGAGCCUUUUCGACCUCCUCAGACUGGACAUUUCUUAUAACGCUCUCGACGGCCAAAGCUGCAGGUCACUGCUGCCGAUUAAGGAGCUUGAGCAGCUCUCCAUAAGCGGAAACCCCAUUAAGCAUCUCUGCCCCUCCUUGGGACUUUUGCACGAGAUGAAGGAGCUCUACGCCUCCGACAUUCAGAUGACGGAUCUGAAGGUAUCCACGAUGGAAAGUCUGCGGCACAUCGAAGUCCUCGACAUCUCCGACAACCACCUCACCCACCUACCCAUCGGCAGCUUGCAGGACUCGUCCCUCCGACGCCUCAACCUGGCAGGUAACAAACUCAAGCAGAUCCCAGACACACUCUUCGUCGACGGCGUCUCGUCCCUCGAGCUCCUCAACAUCUCCAACAACCCUCUGGACAGACUCGUCAACAAGCAAGUCGGGAAGCGCCUGGUGCUGGACUUCCUCGAAGAACUGGUCGCGACGGGGACCAAGCUGAAGGAGCUGGCGAGCCACGAGCUGCUGCACAUGCCCUCUCUCCGCUCCCUCAACCUGGCCAACGAACCAUCAUCAGCAACAUCGCGCCCGGGGACCUUCAGACGCUCAACCAGCUCUCUCAGCUCAACCUCGGCUACAACCUUCUGCAGACGAUGCCCCGAGAGAGGCUGCGGGGUCUUGGACGUCUCGGGGAACAUGCUCACUGAGAUCGAGGAGCACGUCUUCAGGCACACGGAGAGCCUCGAGAAGAUCUACCUCGGGGAUACCUGGAUAACGUCUAUUCACCCUCGAGCCUUGGAGCCCCUGGAUCGCGCCAGGCAUCUGGAUUUGAAUCACAACAACUUGGAGGUUCUUCAGCCUUUCGUCCUGCAUCCUAUCGAGAGGACUUUGGAGACCAUUAAGCUUACGGGCAACCCUCUCGUAUGCAACUGCGACACCCUGGACUUGUGGAUAUGGCUCCAGAACCACCCGGGGCAGGUCGAAUCCCCACACCUCAUCGUCUGCGAAAUGCCCGAGACUUUGCGAGGCCAUUCGUUCCUCACUCUCUCGGCGUCCGUGUUUUGCCCUCAGCCUCUAAUCCUCAACAUGGACAUCCAGGACACGCAGAGCCAGGCGCUGCUGGUGUCCUGGCAGGCGGCCAACACCUCCGCUGUGUAUGGAUUCAGGGUGUCUUACAAAGCAAUAGGAGACGACAAGGCACCUCAGGAUGUCAUAACUUCCCCAACCCUCGGCCUAGGAUCCCGGGAAUACCUCCUAGAAGACCUGGAACCUAGUACCGAGUACCAGGUGUGCGUGCAUGGGAUGGCCAAGUCCCUGGGACUCGUCCACCCUCACACUGUGGGCCCGACGGCUGAAAGUCUGCGAGAUCACGACGAGGGCUCCCGCUGCAUCCGCGGCCGCACCAUGUGGCCGGCGUCGGCCAUCGUGGCGGUGGAGCGCGUGGGCACGGUGCUCGGCGCGCUGAUCGCCACGGCGGUGCUGGUGGGCAUCUUCGUGAUGUUCGUGCGGUACCGCGUGUGCCGCCGCCCCAGCGAGAAGGGCGCGGUGGGCCACGGCGUGAAGCCCAACGGCGCCCCGCCAGACUACUACAGCCACCACCACCACUUCCCGAAGGUGCACCGCGACGACGAGUUCGCCUGCUAGGGCGGCCUCGAGGGGCGUCGGGCGAUGAGUCCCUAGGGAAUGUGAUGAGCGGCGGCCAAGGAUGAGAUGAGUGAAGGUAACUAGUGAGUCAGUAUAGCCAAUCAGUGACAGUGUUGGGCGUGGCGAGGAACUGUCGAUAA